AUGAAAGCUGGUGCCGACCGUCGAGCAGAAACAAGCGAUAAACGAUUCGCUGAAAUGAAAGCUGAUACCGACCGGCGAGUAGAAAAGCAGACUGCUGAUGCCUAUAGUCGGGCAGAAAAGCAAUCCGCUGAUGCCGAUCGUCGAGCGGAAAAAGCCGAAUUACGAACGGCCAAUGGAAUAAAACAACCAACCUUUGAGGGAAUAUCUUCUAACGAAGAGACUAUACCAAAAACGACUACACAAGUGUCGGAAAUUAUUCUACCAGCAUAUUCACCUACGGGUGAUGUCGACUGCAACGCACGUGAUAUCAGCGAUACACGUGGUAUCUGUGAUGCGCGUGACACCUACGACGCAGGUGACAACUAUGAUGCACGUGACAACGGCAAAGGAAGUGACAACUGCGAUGCACGUGUUGACGUGCAGAAAGUAAUCGGCAGAUUGACUGAUGAAAAGAACGAGUUGAAUGAACUUACAGGAUCAAAUGAUUCCGAUGACGAAAAAGUGAACAAUGAUAGACUGGACAGACUUGGAAAAGAUUUUUAUGAAAUAACAGACAGAAAUAUUCUCAAAAGUAAAGGUCAAAGUCAUCAACAGGAACUUGAAGAAAUCGAAUGA